AUGCAGGAAGACACCAAUAAAUCCCAAGAAGAUGUUGAUGAUCCAAUUGAUGAAGAUGAUGAUCCAAUUCAUCAGGAUGAUGUAUUUGCUCAAACCAUUGGGCAAGACCAGUCUAAUACCAUGCAAAUGACUAGUAAAGAAAUUAGCCAAUCAAAUACUCGCGAGACAACUCAGAAUACAUCCAAGCAUUUAAAAAUUGAGGAACAAGGUGACGCUGGACAACAAUCUCUACACAUUAAUGUUCCCCCAAACCAAAAAACAGCAGCUCCAACUCUUAAGGUGAUUAUUCUUUUUCAACCUUUUAAUUAG